AUGAUGAGUAAAGACCAUGGGAUGAUUGAUUUGAGACCGUACAAAUUAUCUUCUAUCAAUACGUCAUUAUUGAAUGCCGGAAUAUUUUCUAGACCUGGAAAUCAAGUUAGAUUAUCUCGAAUAAUCAAUCAAUUUGAUUUUUUAAAUGGCACUGAAUUUAAAAAUGAAAUUGAAAAAAGACUUGGGAGUGGGAUUACAUUUAAUAUCAUGAUCAAUGCCAUGGCAUUUAACUUGACUCCUUUUGGUACCAUGCCUACAACAUUCGACAAGCAUUCAUUAGAUAGUGAUUUGUCAUUUGUUCAACUGAUUUAUCGAAAUCUGGGAGGAGAUGAUACGAAAAAACAGAGAAUUGUCAGUUGGCUUGAUCCUUUUACUCUACCGAGUUUGAACGAAAUGCACAGAAAUACCAUCAGAUUUAUUGCACUAGAUGAUCGUGAACUCUCAUUCAAGUAUGAAAACGGUACUGUGACGAUCACCAAACUUUAUAUACAUCCAAAUUGGAUCGAAACUUUGUGGAAUAUUGUCAUGCUUGAAGUUAGAUCAAAGUGUGAACCAAUCGUAGGCACUAUCGCAAACUUUUAUUCAGGAAUAAUCAAACGUGAAGAAGAUUUUAACCUUGCAUACCAACUUGGCAUUAUUUACGGUGGGCCGAUGAAUUUUACGAAUUUUCGCGAAAUUAUGUACAAGAUUUCUGAAUUAAGUCAUUAUAAUUCUACCUCCGAUGCUUCGUCGCAUGUUGAAAAACUUGUAUGA